AUGUCUGGCGGACGGCCGGAGGGCAGCCGGACACCCGAGGCCGUGGACCAGAGCAGCUGCCGGUCGGAGAGCCCCGUCGUGGAGCGACGUAACCGCAGUGGUAUCAUCAGUGAACCACUCAGCAAGAGUCUGAAAAGAUCACGCACCCUAUCACAGUACACAGCUGCCUGCCCCCAGACUACCACCACUAAUGGACUGCCCCAAAAUGGACGGGCGAAAAGCCCCACCACUAAGCCCCAGCUUGCCCAACAGCAGCAGCAGCAGCAGCAGCAUCAGCAACAGCAGCAAUCAACCACGUCCACCCCCAGCCCAGCCAAGCUGGACCGUACCCUAGAGCAGGUUCUGGAGGGACAGAAUGGCCUGCUACAUUUCGCCCAGGCCGCUGCACUGCUCAAACGGGCUGGUAUGGAGCACAUGCUCCUCCCUGGAGGGAUGGGCAUGGGUGUCGGGGGGCUGGGAGGCGGGGCCGAGGUCGGGUCAGGGACAGGCAAUGACCUGGACGGAGUGUCGGCUGCUGAGGCAGUUGGAGCUCACACCGACUUCCCUUACGGCGGCGGGGGAGCUUUUCCUUUCAACCCGGGUCUCUUCAUCAUGACGCCAGCUGGAGUCUUCCUCGCCGACAGUGCCCUGCACAUGGCCGGUCUGGCUGAGUACCCGGCUCAGAGCGAGCUGGCCUCUGCCAUCAGCACGGGCAAAAAGAAACGCAAACGAUGUGGCAUGUGCCCGCCCUGUCGCAGGAGGAUCAACUGUGAGCAGUGCAGCAGCUGCAGGAACCGCAAAACAGGCCAUCAGAUCUGCAAGUUCCGCAAGUGCGAGGAACUCAAAAAGAAACCAUCCGCCGCCCUGGAGAAGGUGAUGCUGCCAACCGGGGCGGCGUUCCGGUGGUUCCAGUAG